UUGAUCAAUUGAUUUGUUAUUUCUCUCCUAACUCUUUAUGCUGUUUUACUUGGUACUGUCUUGUUCAAGUUUUGAGAUUCUUGCAUUUCCAUGUAACCAGUUUGGAGGUCAGGAGCCUGGGAACAAUGAGCAAAUCUUAGAGUUUGCUUGCACUCGCUUUAAAGCCGAAUACCCCAUAUUUGAUCAGGUCGAUGUGAAUGGUGAAAAGGCUGCUCCCAUAGACAAAUUCCUGAAGCCUAGCAAAGGUGGACUUUUCGGGGACAGCAUCAAGUGGAAUUUCUCCAAGUUCCUGGUUGAUAAGGAGGGAAAUGUCGUCGAUCGAUAUUCUCCCACUACUUCUCCUCUUAGCAUUGAGGUAAGGCCUGCUUAUGGCAUUCUCUGCCAAAGAUCAUAAGAUUUGUAUUGAUUUAUAAACUAUAAACUGUCUG